GGGUCAACUCACUAUUCUGAAAAUACACGCUCCCAAGAAGGGACAGAAAGAAAGACCUCUUUUGUAAGAAAGGCUUGGGUAUCCCAUGAACGAGACAGAAGAAAACCGGUUGCGGUGCAGCAGGACUCCAGAGCCAGAUAUAAGGCUCAGAAAAGGACACCAACUUGAUGAUAAAAGGAGAAUUGAUAAUGACAACCACCAAGGAGAUUUGGAGCCCAUUUUAGAGGCAGCUGUUCUUUCUUCCCAUCAUAAAAAAAGUUCUGAGGAACAUGAGUGCAAUGAUGAAGCCUCUCAGGAAGAUGAGAGGUUUAUGGGCAUGUCCCCUCUCUUACAAGCCCAUCAUGCCAUGGAAAGAAUGGAAGAGUUUGUUUGUAAGGUAUGGGAAGGUCGAUGGCGAGUAAUCCCUCAUGAUGUACUACCAGACUGGCUCAAGGAUAACGACUUCCUUUUACAUGGACAUCGGCCCCCCAUGCCUUCUUUCCGGGCCUGUUUUAAGAGCAUUUUCAGAAUACACACAGAGACAGGCAACAUCUGGACACAUCUCUUAGGUUGUGUAUUCUUCCUGUGCCUGGGGAUCUUUUAUAUGUUUCGCCCAAACAUCUCCUUUGUGGCCCCUCUGCAAGAGAAGGUGGUCUUUGGAUUAUUCUUCUUGGGGGCCAUUCUCUGCCUUUCUUUUUCAUGGCUCUUCCACACAGUCUACUGCCACUCAGAAGGGGUCUCCCGGCUCUUCUCUAAACUGGACUACUCUGGUAUUGCUCUUCUGAUUAUGGGAAGUUUUGUUCCUUGGCUUUAUUAUUCUUUCUAUUGUAACCCACAACCUUGCUUCAUCUAUUUGAUUGUCAUCUGUGUGCUGGGCAUUGCAGCCAUUAUCGUCUCCCAGUGGGACAUGUUUGCUACUCCUCAAUAUCGGGGAGUGAGAGCAGGAGUAUUUUUGGGCCUAGGCCUGAGUGGAAUCAUUCCUACCUUGCACUAUGUCAUCUCUGAGGGAUUCCUGAAGGCUGCCACCAUAGGGCAGAUAGGCUGGUUGAUGCUGAUGGCCAGCCUCUAUAUCACGGGAGCUGCCCUGUAUGCUGCCCGGAUUCCUGAACGCUUCUUUCCUGGCAAAUGUGACAUCUGGUUUCACUCUCAUCAGCUGUUUCACAUCUUUGUGGUUGCUGGAGCUUUCGUUCACUUCCAUGGUGUCUCAAAUCUCCAGGAGUUCCGCUUCAUGAUUGGCGGGGGCUGCAGUGAAGAGGAUGCACUGUGAUUCCUACGAGUGGCCGGGACUGACCCUGAACAGGGCCUGCAGCACCCGCAGGCCUCCCUCACUGGCCAGUGAUGCCAGUACCAGAGGAGCCCCAAAACUUUGACAGCCUCAUGGGCUUUGUGAUGCCCCAGGGGCUCCACGUGGUACACGACUGAGAAGAGAAAAAUAAUAAUAAUAAAUCAUACCUCAAAGGAUGGAGUGCAUCAAUUUGGAGAAAAGGAGAAUGGCCCAAACUCUGACUUUUUUUUGGAUCUACAGAUUGAGGGCUCUGCAAGACCCUUCGCAAACUGGCGUCUGAUCUGUAUCAUAUUUAUUUGUAGAAGAUGGGGAAACAGUUUAGCUGGUGGUUCUUUUUUCUCCCUUUCUCUCUCCUUAAAACAGUAAUAACAAACCAAUUUAGGUGAACAUUUAUAUCCUAUUAAGGGGUGGGAGUGUGAUUUUAGAUACUCUUUUGGGAGAACAAAGAAAUUAAUGUAAAUAAGAUUUCUAACUUACUGUUUAAAUAAGAAUUUAUAUAAAUGUUUAAAACAUAGGGACGGGAGGGAGGGAACAUUUUUGUAUAGUAUGAAACAUGCAAGUACCACACACUGUUUCAAUUUUGCACAAAGUAACUGUAGGAGGAUCAGGUGAUAGCCCCAGAAUAUAUAAUGCCUUGGUUCACCAAGGUGCCUUCCAAAGGCUGACGUACCUUGGACCCUAUUGGGCAGAGGUUAUAGCCCCAGCCCAGUGAUCACAUGACCACUCUCAGGCAUGAGAGCUGAGACCUUUGGGAGUUGUGAGGCAGAGGGAAGCAGUAUGUGUUUUCUCAGUGGAAGCAGCAUGUGAAGGGCUAACAGGAUGUGAAAUGAUAAGGCUCUAGUAAAGGUGCCAUUUGAGAGACUAACUUGUUUUCUAGACCCUUUGUAGGGAGUAGAGCCACCCACCUACUUAAGAAGGUCAGUUAUGCUGGCAUUUAAGGGGCAGUGUUAGCACAGGGCCAAUCCGAUUACUUCCUGGCAUCCUGUUGAAUUUUGUGGUAAUUCUGAUCUCUGGAGAGUUGUGCCAGUUUUUCAUAUCCUUACUGUGGAGCUCUGGAACACUGUAAAUUUCCCACUAUUAAAAUCACUGCCGUAAGUACCCUUCCUUCUCCUGGGAAUAUAAAUUGACCUCUCCCUGGCAUCAAAGUUCUUGGCAUGGAGCCAGCCACAAAAGAGAUUCUGACUUGUCCAGGUGCCUCUUGAACUCAUUUGCACAGGUUGGGAGAACCCAUUCCCUUUGGUACAGGAAAGAUGAGUUUUGCCUUUGGUAUACUAUCUUGGUAAGUCUAGGUGUGAUAGACACGUCAGGUCUCCUUGAAUAAGAACCGGCAGAAUUGUUGUAAAGCAGAGUCCAGUACCCACUGUGGAGUUGUUGGAUUGGCAGAGAGAGCAUGGUGGGAAGUUUAAAGGGAGGUGGUGGGUUGUUGCCGGGUAGUGUGGUAGAAUUCUUUAUGUCUUUGAAGAGCUGCUAGGAAAAAAGAUUGCUCACCUCCCAGAGGAUAUCCUGUUAACGGUAUCAGGGGAGUGGUAGGGGAAGGCUCUGGUUCAUAGAAUUCUCAUCUUGGCUCACAGGCAGGCGACUAAAACAGCACUUGAGUCUUUGGCUACCAUCGUCCAAGACUUCAGGUGAUCAAGUUACAUCCUGGGGAUUGUGGGUAUGAGAACUAAACACUGACACCCCAAGCAUGGGGGCUGAGUGUUUGGGAAUAUGGGAAGGGUCUCUUGUUUAUUCAGUAUAGAAUUUUCUCAGUUAUUUUUCUCCUAUCUCUCCCCUUCCAAUCUCCAGCAAAAGCUGGGAACCAGGGAGAAAUAAUUCAUAGUAGAACUUGGGAAGAACUUAAAGAGUAUUUUGGUUCUGGAAAAGAUCACUGCCUUGGGUGCUAGGUGGAUUGAGCAAAAGUCUGGGUGAACUGUUGCAGUGCCUGACAAAAUAAAGAACAGUAUUAAUCCCUUUGAGGAAACAAAGAGUCCAGGAGGACCGUGGCCAUCUGGAAGGAAGCUCACUUAGUUCCAUGGGAGCAACAGCACAUAUCAGAAGCCAGACUUGCUCUUCGGUCAUGUACUUGGGCACACACGGUAUAAGUGCAGUUCUGUAACAACACCAACGGAAGUAGCAGUCUCUGGCCCCAGUCACCCUAUACUCCAAAGGAGGAGCUGAAUCUGGUUCUACAUAGCACAAACCUUUAGGAAAAAGGAAAUUAACAUCACCAAUGCAUAAUCCAGUAAAAAUCUCUCUUUAGGGUGUAUGUGUCUGUGUGGGCAUGUGUGUACCCAUUUAUAUGUAUGUGUCUACGUGCAGCUCACUACCAACAGCCUCACUGUGCACUUGGUCUUACAGUGCUAGCUGAGAACUCUCACCAGGUUGGCGCCUGAAUGCCUUACUCUCAGCAGUCAGAGGCUUGCUUGCUCUGUGCAAAGUUUUAAUUUUCUUGUUUGGUCCUAGGCUGGUUUGGACCUCUACAGCUUCAUUCUUUUCACCAUUAAAUAGUGGCCUUUUUCAGUAUUUUUCUCCCUCCCAUUUAUAAAUUGCUGAAGCCACAAAGCACAUUUUUGGGGAUCAUAGAAGGUUUGGAUUCCAGAAGGGUAUCUGUGUGAUGGCUCCAUUCACCAUGGGAUUUCCCUACUUGCUAUAUUCUCAGCUUCUUCUAAUAAAAAGAACCAAACGGAA